AUGACGGCCUUCACGGUUAUUCUGUUCUUCGUCGUCAUCGCGUUGGGUCGUGCCGUGAAUCUUUCGAUUGAAAUGAUGAAACAUGCCACGGUGGCCAUGAUGAAAAUCCCGUCCAUUCUCACGUCGGAACAUCGAGCGAUUCUGACGUGUAGCGUUCCAAUCGUGAUCACCAUCGUCGAUCUCAUCGUCUUUUUGUUCUUCGCGUGGUCCUACACGCUGACUCUCUCUUCCAAUCUCACCCUCACCGACUACACUCAUCAAAUCAUGGGCGUCGUGAGCGACUACCUCCGUCCGGUUUCUCCGUUUCCCUCAUUUCUAGCGGAGAACUCCACGUCGAUGAUCUGCGAAGACCCCAAAACGAUGACGAACUGCACGCUGAUCUCGAAGUCGAUCAGCGGUUCGACGUCGAGCGACGUGGUCUUGGCGUUCUGGCACUUGUUCAUGUGGUUCUGGACUUCGGGGUUCGUCAACGCGAUCGGCGUGAUGGUGGUGGCGGGCACGAUCGGGAAGUGGUACUUCAAGAAGGAGGAGGAGAAGGGAGACGUGGGGUCGACGACGCUGCUGCAAGCGCUGUGCUGCGUGCUGACGUACCAUUUGGGGUCCGUCGCGUACGGAUCGCUUGUGAUCGCGGUGAUCCAGCUCGUGCGAUCGAUCAUGCUGUGGGUGAUUGGGGCGAGAGUCACGGAUAGGUACAUCGAUCGCAAGUUUAAGGAGACGCAGACGAUGAACCCGCUGGUGAAGUGCGGGUUUAAAUGCUGCCAUUGCUGCUUGUUCUGCCUCGAAAAAUGCAUGCGGUAUAUCUCCCGCAACGCCUAUAUUCUCGUGAUUAACCGCGGACAGAACUUCUUCAAGGCGUCCGUGGAGUCGUUCUCGCUGCUGGUCGCCAAUCUGGCGAAGGUGACCACACUGAAGUCGGUGUCAACGCUGUUUAUUUGGAUCGGAAAGGUCGGAAAUUGUGUGUUUACGAGUCUGUUCGUCGCGUUUAUGAUCUUGAAUUGCCCUGAUUGGCUCUCUCAUCCAGUGAUCUCGGUCGUGAGCCCCGUUUUGAUUAGUCUCUGCCUGAGCUACAUCAUCAGCUCGAUCUUCAUUGAUGUCUUCGUGAUCACCGUGGAUACGAUUAUGCUGUGCUACUGCGAGGAUAUGAGGAAGAAUGGAACCGACGGUACUGCGGAAGGAGCCAUUGGAAGCAAGCCGUCCGCACAGCAGAAGGAAGGAGAAGCUGGAACCGGAGCCAAAACUGAAGCAACGGAAACGACAGUGAUUGCUGCUCAAGGAGCCUAUCCGGAUGCUCCCCCAGAUGCGCCGGAAGCACCUCCUCCAGAUGCGCCGGUGGCAUAAAGGAAAAACGUUAAGUUGAAAGAGCCAAAUCUCAUUUUUUUGUUUUAUUAAAGUGUGUAUGUCUGAAGAUUAUGUGGUUAUUUUAACUUCGUAUAUCGACAACAAGUAUACGAACCAAAUCUCAUUGCUUAUCGUACUGGAUCACGAUGCACUCUGAAGUGUAGGCUCACUUGCAAAAAUAUGACAUUCCAUAUCGUAUCAUUGAAGGUACUGAUCCUAAAAAUCAUGAUGUUCGCGUUGCUUUCUUCCAAUAUGCUGGUAUACGUUUGCUGGUUUUUUUAAUCUAGAACGGUGUGGCGGCAGAAAAGAAUAUCCCCUUGUGUUCAUUAAACGCAAGACCGAGAUCGUGGAGUUUGUCGGCAAUUGGGAUCGUGUGCAAAAAAUUCUGGAUGCUGAGGACAAUUCAGAGGAGUUCUUGAGAGCACACCCCACCAUCACUACUUUUCCGCGGCUGUUUAAUAAGUGAAAUCUAAAAGAUGCCAUUA